UUGACGCGUACGGUACGGUUACUUGAAAUUGAUGUGCGCGGAGCAGCUGGCAGACCGCCCAGAGAUGAAAGACUUUUGUGGCCCAAGUUACUUGGCUAAGUAACAUUAACCAUGCAUUGACCGAUUAAUUCUUGUAAAGAGCAGAGGCGUUUCAGAAUAUAGGCCACACAGAGAAGUGGUGUCAUGUCUGCAGCCAGGCUUGGCCACCUGGCACGGUUCACCAACAGUCUACUCCGUCCCACUCAAUACAUAGUCGGGAGUAGGCCUGAUCCCUGUCACAAGUACCAGAGGGUAACCACAUGGUCACCCCUAGCAUCAGCGUUCAAUGCAAGACCCAAGAGGCAACUAGAAACAAGUGGACAGAAUGUGGGUCUGUUUGGGAUGCCAGAGCUGACCAGCCCAGGAGGGUUUGCGGAGGCCCAGAGGGUAUCCGUCCAGGAGGCGGAAGAGCUUGUUCAAGAGGCCAUCCGGUCCCCCACCAGCGCCCACAUUGUGGUCCUCUUUGACAAGCUUUCUGAUGCCCUGUGCAGAGUGGCUGACUUGGCUGACUUCGUCCGAGUGGCUCACCCAGACCAGCGAUUUGCGAGGGCGGCUGAAGACGCUUGCGUACACAUCAGUGCAAUGGUUGAACAGUUGAACACAAACGUAGACUUGAAGGAGUCCCUCCAGCGAUUGCUAGACGACACUGCUACCUUCUCAGCCAUGGACGAAGAGUCCCAGAUUGUGGCCAGGCUGUUCAUGUUUGACUUUGAGCAGAGUGGGAUACACCUUGAGCAGGCAAAGAGGCAAGAGUUUGUGAGACUGAAUGAAGUGAUCCACAUUCUCGGGAGCCAGUUUGUGCAAGGAACGCAGACAGCCAAUGCCAUCGAGAAGAGACGUCUGCCGCAACACAUUCAGCACUCCUUUGCCGUUGACGGGGAGAACGUCGCCAUCGGUUCUCUGUAUGGCGAUAACCCCAGCGACCUGGUUCGUGAGGCUGCCUACAAGAUCUUCCUCUUCCCCAACCCCACCCAGUCCCAGCUCUUGGACCGUCUCCUAGAUUCCCGGCACAGGCUGGCCAGCCUAGUCGGUUUUUCCUCCUACGCCCAGCGGGCCUUGCGUGGCACCAUGGCCCAGACGCCAGAUAACGUCAUGCAGUUUCUGACGUCAACCGGAGACAGAUUAUUUGACAGAGUUUCCAAGGAAAUUGAGCUCAUGAAGGAAAUGAAGAAAGAGUGUAAUCCCUUUAACCCGGAUAUUUUUGCUUGGGAUCCUUCGUAUUACAUCGGAGCUGUGAGGAAUAAGAGAUAUCAUAUCACAAACUCGGAGUACGCCCCCUACUUCUCGGUCGGUGCUUGCAUGGAUGGUCUCAGUCUGAUCUUCAGCAAACUGUAUGGUGUGACACUGGAGAAUGUGGAGGCCGAACGGGGAGAGCUCUGGGCACCAGAUGUCUUGAAACUGGCAGUGACUCACGAAACAGAAGGAGUUAUGGGAUACAUCUACUGCGACCUGUUUGAGCGCCCCGGCAAGCCUCAGCAGGACUGCCACUUUACCAUAAGGGGAGGCCGGAGACUAGACGAUGGCUCCUACCAACUGCCUAAAGUGGUUCUGGUCUGCAGUUUCAGUCCUCCGAGACAAGGUGCACCCUCUCUGCUGAGUCACGGGAUGAUGGAGAAUCUUUUCCAUGAGUUUGGCCAUGCAAUGCACUCCAUGCUUGCUAGGACUCGCUACCAGCACGUGACUGGGACGCGCUGUGCCACUGACUUUGCCGAGGUGCCCUCCAUACUGAUGGAAUACUUUGCCAACGAUUACAGAGUCCUGAAAGAGUUUGCCAGGCAUCAUAAAACUGACCAGACCCUGCCCGAGGAGAUGAUAGCCCGUCUCUGCACCUCCAAGAAGCAAUUUGCCGCCUUUGACAUGCAAACCCAAGUCUUCUAUUCCAUCCUAGACCAAGUCCUCCAUGGGGAGCAUCCAUUAAGAAAGACCACCGUUGAAAUUUUGAGCGAGGUACAGAACCAGUAUUCUAGCAUCAAGCAUGUUCCAGGAACAGCCUGGCAUUUACGUUUUGGUCACCUCGUAGGUUACGGGGCCAAGUAUUACUCCUACCUGCUGUCGCGUGCCGUGGCGUCCAGCAUUUGGCACAAAUGCUUUGCAGCCGAUCCCCUGAGCCGGGAUACCGGGGAACGGUACCGCUGGGACAUGCUGGCCCACGGCGGGGGCAGGGAACCAACGUUGUUGGUACAGAAUAUGAUUGGCAAGAAGUUGUCCAAUGAGGAUUUGGUGCGAGCUUUACUGGAGGAAACAGAGGAGCACUAACAAACACAUCAAACAUCGAAUGAGAUCACCUCUUUAGACCAAAUGCUCUUUAGACCAAUUGGAGUGACUCAACAUUGCUGAACUAUCAUAGGAGGUCACAAGCCAACAGAACAAUGGAGCACAUUGUAGGAAGAUUGGAAAAUACGGCUCUGAAUCAUCGUACCUUGUCCUCGCUCUUGCAACCAAAUCUUGUGGCGCCCCCUUCCUGUAUCUGCUUUGGAAGCUGCAAUCAUAACGGCAUGGUUUUUGUUCUUCAGCUUGCAUUGAUAUCCCAUGCUGGGCACCAGCCAUAUCUUCAAAAGCACUGUAGCUGGUAAAGCAUUGCCUAGUUCUGCAAGUCAACGAGUGAUGAGCUGGAAAUUUAUUUUGAUGGGUGGGGGAGACAUGGGACGGAACUCUUUGUAUUGUAAAUCAUUCUCAUCGGGCACACAGUGACAAUGACUCCUGUUUUUUGCCAUUGACAUCCAGUAGUUAGUAGCCAUAGCCGUAGCUAACAAAAGCCACUUCAGAUGUGGCCUCUCGCUCCAUUGUAAAAUCAGAAAACAGGUAGUAAGUCAUUGUCCUUGUGACUUUUUUGCCACAGCAUCAAUCCAGUUUAAACACUCAUAAAUCAAAUUGGCUAUGCAUUCUGUGCAAAACUGCGCUUGAGAAUUCAGUAAGACCAGAGAGUGCAUAAAAUUUUCAUUGCUCAACGUAACGGAUUCAACUUACGAAGUACUGAGGACGUUGCUGUCCUAUGUGAACUGAGGUCAUGUCUCUGCUCUGUCGUCCAAACCACCAUUGUGUACAUUCUGUGACGUAACUGUGCUACUGCAUUGUUCACCAGCAACAGCUGAAGAAGGACCUGUGGCGUGUAGCUAUAGCUGCUGUGUAUGCAUGCAAAAUUUGCAAAGAGUAUUCACUUCAUUGAUUUUGCUCAAACCCUUGCAUGAGCAAUGGAACAAGAGCGCCCUCUGUUGGCAUCCUAGUGGAGUGCAGCACAAGUUCUCAGUAGUCCCUGUAGGUUCAUCACGAAUCAAAGCAUUUGACCGUUUUUUUAAAUAAACUGUGGCAGAAGCUUUUUUUUCUGUACAUGGUGUCCUGCUUUUGACUGGACAGAAGAAAAUACUUGUGAUUAAACUUACAAUAGACUGUUUUGCACACUCCCAGUUUUUCCUGUAAGAUCAUAUUCCCACAAAGUUUUAAAAAUGAAAACGGAAAAGGUUAGAAACAUACGAAGAAAUAACAAAGUUUGUGUGGCUAUGUUCAAUUAUUUUCUGACCACAGCUCCAUUAUUGGAGGUCAGUGUGAUGAAACCACUCAGUUUACAAAUUUAGCUCAGAUUCAAGUUAAUGCAGUCAGUGUAAUAGCAAGAUUUGCAUGUUUGGUUGCCGUUUGUAUACUUUGUUUGAAAUCAAAUUAUUUUGAAUAAAACAAAAAAUAUCGAAAUAAAUAUUGCAGAAACU